CGCGAGUGUCGGGACUGUGAUAGGAGAGCUGACCGCAGGGUGGAGAGGAACCCGCUGCGAAAGCGCCGGCCGCCGGGCUGCAUUCCACCCAUUACUGCCGGCUGCGAGGGAGUCCAGGCGGGGAGCAUGAGCUUUUUAUUUGGGAAUCGUUCAUCCCGGACGUUCAAACCAAAGAAGAACAUUCCAGAAGGGUCUCACCAGUAUAAGUUGCUGAAGCAUGCUGAGGCCACACUGGGCAGUGGCAAUCUGCGACUGGCUGUUAUGUUACCAGACGGUGAAGAUCUGAAUGAGUGGAUUGCCGUCAACACGGUGGACUUCUUCAAUCAGAUCAACAUGCUGUACGGCACGAUAACAGACUUCUGCAGUGAGGAGAGCUGCCCAGUUAUGUCGGCUGGUCCCAAGUAUGAGUAUCACUGGGCUGAUGGAACCAAUGUUAAGAAGCCAAUUAAAUGUUCAGCCCCAAAGUACAUCGAUUACCUGAUGACCUGGGUUCAAGAGCAGCUGGAUGAUGAGACCCUUUUCCCGUCAAAAAUAGGUGUUCCUUUUCCCAGGAAUUUCAUAUCUGUGGCAAAAGCCAUCCUGAAGCGCCUGUUCCGGGUCUAUGCCCACAUUUACCAUCAACACUUUGAGUCUGUCAUCCAGCUCCAGGAGGAAGCUCACCUCAAUACUUCCUUCAAACACUUCAUCUUCUUCGUUCAGGAAUUUAAUCUCAUCGAUCGACGGGAGCUGGCUCCAUUGCAGGAACUGAUCGAGAAACUGACCACCAAGGACAGAUAGAAGCUUGGCGGACGAGGACACAUCUGCCCCUCUUUGUCAUUAGCACCUUGCACACCGCUGGUCGGAGUCCUGCAGAGUGCACCCUGGGCAGGCAACGACAGAGACAGGACAACUAUGCACGCUACCAGAUUUGAUUUAAGCCUUUGUUAUUUGUCGCAUAACAAAGGACACAAAUCCUUCAUUACUUUCUGCGAUGUAAUCCAUUGGAUCUGUUAGAGGGUGAAUUGUUUUACCCAUGUGCUGCAUUGGUUUAUAAUCUGUAUGUUUAACUUGCUCUUGACAACCUUUCGUUCAUGUACCCUGGGCUGGAGUCUAACUGUGAAAGGAAACUUAACUGGCUCAUGCUCCUCUUAAAAAUAGGCUGUAGGAGACAGAUGUGCACAACACAGAUUGGCCUUGGUUUGUGCUUUAUGCAUUGCUAACAGUUCCCACUGUUCCAACUCAAGGUCAUCACCGCUUGGUGAUCAGCACUGCCCCUUCCUAUGGAUCCGGGUGGAAUCAAGAUAAAGGGGCUGUCUGGCUCCAAUAUGUAAAUUUGCACAUCACACAAAGAAGUUGUUUCGCAGACCUUCAUAGUUAGACUUCAGCUGGAGCACUGCGCCCAUCUCUGAGGGUCACACUUUAAAACAGGGCCCAGCCACUGGGAAGAGGUGUGUGGGAGAGACUUCAGCUUUGUAGAGAGAUCAGGGAAGCUAGAGGGCAGUGCUUGGGCAACCUUUUGUGACAUCCACUACUCGACACGGGGUGUAUUUAAGGCAGAGAUUGAUAAAGGAGGUAAAGGGAGAAAGUGGGAGAAUGAGGUGAGAGAAAGAAAUUGUCCAUGAUUGAACUGUGGAGCAGGCCGCAGGAGCUGAAUAACCAAGUCCUGAUUCUAUAUCUUGUGGUAUUGGUGUUGAUUCCUAUAUCUUGUGGUAUUAGUAUAAACAAGAUCUGAGGUUUGUUAGGGAUCUGUAUUUCUUGUAUCUGAACUGCCAUGUAGCUCAGUAGUACAUGCAAUAGUUAAGCCUCCACAAAUACCAUUCACACCAUAAGGUGUCAGACAAUGACCGUCUCCUAACAGAGAAUCCAAUGACCUAUCCUGGCAUUCAAUGGUAUUACAAUGAGUGAAUUGCCACUGGAAACUUAAUUAGACCCACCGCAUGAAUAGCAUAAUAGAGUCACACAAUAUGGAAACUGACCUUUCAGCCUAAGUCGUCAAUGUCCACUUAAGAUUGUCCCAUUUGGCCCACGUUGCUGUAAAUAUUUCCUAUCCAUGUACUUACCCAAAUAUCUUUUAAAAGUUGUUAUUGUAAACUGUCAGGUUACUUUCUGUGCAGUGUGUCCCACGUACUGAGGAAGUACUGUAAGAAGAAAUUGUCCCUCACCUUCCUUUUCCCCUCUCACCUUAAGCCUAUGCCCAGCCUUGGAUAAAAGACAGUGCAAUUACCGUGUCUAUGCCUCUCAUGAUUUUGAACCCUCCUAGACUUCAGUGUUUAAAUGAAUAAAGUCGUAGCCUGCCCAACCUCUCCCAAUAAGUCAGGCCCUCAAGUCCUGGCAAUAUUUACACAAGUCCCUUGGGUAUUGUAUAGAACACCUGCCUGCACGAGGGCAUCUCCAACAACACAGUAUAGGAAAAAAGCAGCCUGCUUCAUUAUUAUCCAAUCCACUGCCCAGGGAGUUUACUCUCCUCACACUCGCACCCAGAAGCAACAGUGUAAAGAACAAAAUGUUACUCACACAGGCUACUCUGAGAUCUCCCAACCCAUUACCUUGAUCAUUCCGAAUGGCGAGAUCAGCGGGAACACCACCACUUGUAGGUUCCUCUUCAAGUCACACAUCAACCUGCCUUGAAAGUAUCUUGCUGCCCAUUCACUUUCACAGGAUCUAAACUCUAACUCCCUCCCUAGCACUGUGGAAGCACCUUCACCAGGUAAGAAGGUGGCUCACUCCCACCUCCUCAGGGCCGCGAGGGAUGGGCAAUAGAUACUGGCCCUGUCAGUGAUACCCGCAGUUCAGAAUUAAGUAACAAAAAGGCAAAACGUGAUUCUCCCUGCAUUUGAAAAAAAUGACAAAAUAUGCAACUGGUGAACUCACUGAGUACUGUUAUAUGUGCGAAUAAUUCAAAACAAAUGAAAGCUUUGCACAACUCUAGUUUUGCUGCAUCUGGCAUAUUGCACUCAAUUCUGGUUGUCCCCUUAUGGAGAUCUUGGAGAGGGUGCAGAAGAGUUUUACUGCAAUGCUGUCUAGAUUAGAGGACAUGUUCCAUAAGGAGAGGCUGGACAAAUGUGGGUUGCUUUCUGUGGAGGGUGAGGGGAGACCUGAUAGAAAUUUACAAGAUUAUGAAGGGCGUAGGUAGAUUGGACAUUUGGAAUUGAAAUGUGUAAUACAAGAGGGCAUACAAUUACUGUAACGGGUAAGUUCAAAGGAGAUGUGCAGGGCAAGUUUUCUACAUGGUUAGAGGUGGGUGGCUGGAAGGCUCAUAGUUGAGGCAAAUACAUUUUGACGGGCACUUAAGAAGAUCUCAGAUGGAGGACAAUGGACAUGGUGGAGGCAGAUGAGAUUGGUUUAGUUAGGCAUUUAAUAACCAGUUAAUUAGCCCAGCACAACAUGGUGAGCUGAGGGGACGGUUUUUUGCAGUACUGUUCUGUGAUCUAUGCACUAUCUCUUCUGACCUCAGAACUGCCAAAAGCACUUUAUAGCCAAUGUAAUACUUAUGGAAAUGUGGGCGGUGUGAUAACGCAGGAAACAGCUGCCUAUUAAUACACAGUGAGAUCCCACAAAUAGUAAUGUGGUAAACAACCAAAUGACCUGCUGUGAGCGAUGCUGGUUCUAGAAUAAACUGGUCCCAGGAUGCUAGAGGGUAUUCAUCUGUUGCUUAAUAUGAGAGGGACAAUGAGGCCUCAGUUUAAUGUUUGAUCCAAAUAACAAUUCCUCCUUGACAAUGCAGCACUCCCUUUAUUCAUUUUCACUUCCUCUAUACCCUCUCUCUCUCUCUGUCUGCCUCCAACUAUCAUUCAUUUCUCUCGUCUCCCAACUCCAGCUCUGCUCCCCUCCCUUAUCUGGCACAUCCUGCCUGUCAUCUUGCAUCUGUCAGUUCACCAAUCACCUCAGAAUCCUUUCUCAUUCUCCUCUUUAUACUGGCCACCUUGCCCCUCCACUCUCAGUACUGACACGCGGUUUCUGUGCAAAACGUGGACAAUUCUUUCUCCACAGAUGCUGCAUGACCCACUAAGUUCCUCCAGGGGUUUGUUAUUGCGUCAGCACUGCAGACUCAGACUGCUUUUUGGAUGUUGGGCAUCAUUUGUUCAACUUUACAUGCUUAAUUAAUCAUCUUAAAUUUCUUGCAUAAUUAACAGCACCUAACUGAAAUGUUGAAGUCACUUCCACUCAGGAAAAUAAAUCUCAUUUGCUGCUGUAAGAUUUUGAUUUGAUGUGGUCAAUGUUGUUCAGCAGAUACUAAAGUUACAAUCCACAAGGCAGAUGCGAGGAUGUUUACUUCAAAAGAAACUUAGAUGGUUAAAUGUACGAGCAGCCAGAAGCCCACAGAUUUCUGUUGUAGUGUUUCAGUUCCAACAAAACAGGAAGGUGAACAAACAUAAAAUUUCCUUUAAAUGCCUUCCCAUUUCCAAAGAGUUUCAUUUUAAAACAUUUUUGGCACAAUCUUAAACUACAAAAGGGAUUAUCCUGUAUACGGGAUUUUUUUUCUGAAUUGAAUUAUUGAAUUUUAGAUUUUUUUUCAAGAAAAUUAUAUAAUUAUCAUGUUAAGAUGAAAAGGACUUUCAAGAGUCAGAAACACUGCAGAUGUUGGAAGUGUGCAGUUAAUUUGAAAAUGUUGGAAACACUCAACAGGCCAGGCAGUGCCUGUAUGGAGUCAGAGCCAGAAUUAAUGUUUUAGCUUGAUGCUCCUUCCUCAGAACCAGCGAUUUUCAAUUGGCCCCAUAAAGUGGAAAUUUGGACUACUUUUACCUGAGAAUAAAUAAAUUGGUCUGUGGAUCACAAGGGACUGCAGAGGGUUGUAGAUUCAGUCAGACCCAUCAUGGGCACAACCCUCCCUACCACUGAAGUUAACUUCAAGAUGCAAAUCUUUCACGAAGCUGGCAUCCAUCACGAAAGGACAUCCAGUCACAUCCAGGACAUUCCCUUUUCUUGUUACUAUCGUUGGGGAGGAGGAACAGGAGAAGUCCACUCAGUGACUCAGCUUCUUCCCCUCCACCAUCAAAUUUCUGAAUGAACACUAUUUCGUUAUUCCUUUAUUUCCUGUAUAUUUAUUUUUUUAUAACAUACAGUAUUACUUAUCACUACUCUGCCACAAAACAACACACUUUACAUUAUAUGACAGUAAUAUUCUGAUUCUGCAAGAUCAAUAUUAUCAUCAGUUUUUAUUUCCAUCUAUGCUUUGUCAAAUCGUAUGGGAUAUGAAACUUAGAUGUUGUUAGAAUCUAUGGCCAGCCUGUUUCGCAAAUGACAGGAAAUGAUCCAAGGCCAGAGUGUGACAUUCCCUCACUUUUAAGCAGCUGCCAUUCUCUCUGCCACGUGGCCGGAGUCUAAUGAGGUGAAGAACUCGCUCAGGCAGUGAGGUUCGCAACUAGACUUUGAAGGAUCACAAGACUGUGUCAUGUGUCUG